AAACCAGCUGUGCCACUACCGAGUUUCGCUGACGAGCAGCUGCAUUGGGAAUUCGAGCCGCUGUAACCAGUUCAUUGAUUGUGAGGAUGCUUCGGAUGAAAUGAACUGCACCGCCACUGACUGCAGCAGCUAUUUCAAGCUGGGGGUGAAGGGUACCACGUUCCAGAAGUGCGAACACACCUCGCUGUGCUACGCCCCGAGCUGGGUGUGCGAUGGGGCCAACGACUGCGGAGACUACUCAGACGAGCGCAACUGCCCGGGUGGGAGGAAGCCCAAGUGUCCAGCCAAUUACUUCGCCUGCCCGAGCGGGAGGUGCAUCCCCAUGACUUGGACCUGCGACAAGGAGGACGACUGCGAGAACGACAAGUUCUGCUACCCCGUGCAGUUUGAGUGCAACAACCACCGCUGCAUCUCCAAGCUCUGGUGCAUCCCCAAGCACUUCGUCUGCGACCACGAUGACGACUGCGGCGACGGCUCAGACGAGUCCCCGGAGUGCGAGAACAAGUGCAACGACUCCUUCUUCCUCUGCAAGCAUGGGAAGUGCAUCCCUGAUGUGCUGCUGUCCGACAACAACAACGACUGCACGGACGGCUCCGACGAGCUCAACUGCUUCAUCAACGAGUGUCUCAACAAGAAGCUGAGCGGCUGUUCCCAGGAGUGCGAGGACCUCAAGAUCGGAUACAAGUGUAGAUGCCGUCCCGGGUUCCGGCUGAAGGACGACGGGAAGACGUGCAUUGACAUCGACGAGUGCUCCACCACCUACCCCUGCAGCCAGAAGUGCAUCAACACUCUGGGGAGCUACAAGUGCCUGUGCAUAGAGGGCUACAAGCUCAAACCUGACGACCCCACCAGCUGUAAAGCUGUCACAGAUGAAGAGCCCUUCCUCAUCUUUGCCAACCGGUACUACCUGAGGAAGCUCAACCUGGAUGGCUCCAACUACACGCUGCUCAAGCAGGGGCUGAACAACGCGGUGGCUCUGGAUUUCGACUAUCGGGAGCAGAUGAUCUACUGGACAGAUGUCACCACACAGGGCAGCAUGAUCCGCCGCAUGCACAUCAACGGGAGCAACGUUCAGGUUCUUCACCGCACCGGCCUCAGCAACCCUGACGGGCUGGCAGUGGACUGGGUGGGAGGCAACCUGUACUGGUGCGACAAAGGUCGGGACACCAUCGAGGUGUCGAAGCUCAACGGCGCGUACCGCACCGUGCUGGUGAACUCGGGUCUGCGUGAGCCCCGCGCUCUGGUGGUGGACGUGCAGAAUGGUUACCUGUACUGGACAGACUGGGGGGACCACUCCCUCAUCGGGAAGAUCGGCAUGGAUGGCACCAACCGCAGCGUCAUCGUUGACACCAAGAUAACUUGGCCCAAUGGCCUCACCCUCGACUACAUCAACAGCCGGAUCUACUGGGCCGACGCGCGGGAGGACUACAUCGAGUUUGCCAGCCUGGACGGCUCCAACCGGCACACGGUGCUGAGCCAGGACAUCCCGCACAUCUUUGCGCUCACCCUCUUUGAGGAUUUCAUUUACUGGACCGACUGGGAGACCAAGUCCAUCAACCGG